GGAGGCCGUAAUAUGCCCAGUGUACAGUAAUAUACUCGGCACAUAUCGACACAAGGCUUCACCCCAGCUUUACCCCGACUUUCCUCCCCACGGACUGCCGAAUGUUGCUUUGUUCUCCAAACAUGAUCUGGGCUAUUGAGACUAUGUGAGAGUGAUCAGCGCCUUGUUUCUGCCCAGACAACGCCGGCUAUGCGCCGCUCGGGAGGCGCUUUUUCCAGCAAGCCUCUGCCGUUCCGAGAGAGCUUGUCAGCGAUUUCGAGAGGCUUGUCAACUUUCGAGUAACAGAAGAUCAGCGUGAUAGCUUCAUGGCUUGAUAGCUUAAUAAAGCAGGGGGUUGGUGGCUUGACCCGGCCACAGCCAACAAUUGGGCGGACAGGGACACAGCAUGUUGUUCUUCCCGUCUUCUACUGUCGGCAUUUGAUCUGGCUGUGUGACGCGCUACUGGUUGCUACUGGUUGCAAUCAUGAUAUGCCAUGGCCAUCAACACACACUAUUUACCCCGGUCCCACGUCGCAUCACUACCUGUGGUAUCAUCCACAUCAUCCCGGUCCUAUACCGGUCCGACGCCGUAUUCGAUCAAUCCACUAUGCGGGGGAAUCUCACAUCGGUAUGUUCGUUCGGUUGAUCACCGUACUCAAGCAGCCAUCGUUUAACGCACACCCAUAUUCAUGGUAUUGUUUGGAGACCAGCCUCGGCCGCACCACCACUAGCUCUCGCCUGAUGCCCUGAGGUCUGAUCUUCCAGAUAAAAGGCAUGCCUACGCCUGACCUGCACUAGCCGACUCUCUCUUCUUAUCCUUUUCCAGGCCCUCCGUCUCUGUCGUUUCAUAGCAUCUCCCACCACCUUCUAUCUCGUUGUCCAGUCCCUCACUCGCUGCAGAUCACGACGAUCUUCGCCUGCUGCGUCUCCUCUUUUCACUGCUCCUGUCGGGUGUGAUACCAAGGCCUCUUUUCAAAAGGGAGAAGAUGGAUACCAAACAGACUGAGAAGGAGCGCACUCCUUCACCAGAAGAUGCCGUCCUCUCGACAUCUGACGAGAAGCCUACUGUCAUGACCGCGGAGAAUGUCUCUUCAGUGCAUGAUCCCGCUGCCCGUAACGACGUGACCAAACCUUACGACCCUAACCUUGCGCCGCGUUACAGCAAAAAGGACGAGGAUGCUGUCAUCAGGAAACUGGACUGGCAUUUGAUGCCUCUCAUCUUUGUCCUGUACUCCCUGUCUGUUUUGGACCGUUCGAAUCUGGGAAAUGCGCGUAUCUCAGGCAUGGAGGACGACAUUGACCUAAAGGGCAAACGGUACGAUUGGCUAGGCACAACGUUUUACAUUUCAUACAUUUUGUCGCAGUGGACGCAAAUAGGUUGGAAAGCAUUUCCACCUCACCGCUGGGUUGCAUUUGUCGUUUUUGGCUGGGGAGUCGUGUCCACUCUACAGGCGGCUUGCUCGUCGUGGGCUGGGGUUAUGGUGUGCCGAGUGUUUCUGGCCAUCUUCGAAGCGGCUUACGGUCCUGGUGUGCCCUUGUACCUUUCUUUCUUCUAUCCUCGGGAGAAACUGGGUCUGAGAACAGGCAUUUUCCUGUCCGGAAGCGCUGCAGCAAAUGCUUACGGGAGUGCUUUGGCGUACGGCAUCUCCCAAGCCAAGGCGUCCAUUGGACCCUGGCGAAUCCUGUUCAUUGUCGAAGGUGUCCCAACGUGUCUGCUUGCGAUUGUGGCUUGGUAUUGGUUACCUGACGAUCCGUACUGCUGCAAAUUCCUCACCGAGCGAGAAAAGGAGAUUGCCAUCGACUUGUCAUUGCGCCAGCCUGGCGACCGGACGGGAAAGAAAGGACUACAAUGGAAGCAAGUCUUGGGCGGGUUGAUGGAUUAUAAAUCUUACCUCCCGGCCCUCAUGUACUUCGGAUGCAACGUAUGCUUCGCGUCUCUUCCGCUGUUCGUACCCACAAUCAUCAGCGAAAUGGGGGCCUUCACCACGAUCCAAAGCAACGGCCUCUCGGCGCCGCCCUACGUGCUCUGUUUCCUCGCCAUCUGCGGCACAGCCUUCAUUUCCGACCGCGUCGGGUACCGCGGCCCAUUCGUCGCAGCACCCGCCCUCGUUGCGGCCGUCGGCUAUAUCAUUCUCGGAACGACGACGGCCGUAGGGCCACGAUAUUUCGGAUUGUUUCUUGCCGUAUUGAUCUUCGUCAGUGUCGCCAUGACAUUGACCUGGGUUGGCAACACGCAUGCCACGGACUCGAAACGGGCCGCGGGCCUCGCGAUCCUCGCCACAGGCGGCCAAUGCGGACCCGUGCUGGGCACCAACAUCUUUCCCAAGACCGAUGCCCCUUAUUACCGCAAGGGCAUGUGGGUUUCAUGUGGUGCGUGUCUGCUCGUCGUGGUCACGGCGUGUAUGCAGAUGGCGAUCUUGGCCCGGGAAAACCGCAAGCGAGAUCGCAAGUACGGUCGUGACAGAGAUACUGUCCAUCUCGAAAGGCCGAAUCGGUGGGGUGAAGAUAGGCAGUUUCGAUAUAUGGUGUAAUAGAAAGAAGAAGGUACCUACCAGCCUAUGGGUGAAGCGGGAGGGUUACGGGAAGCGUUAUGGGCUUACAAGGUUCUUGUAUCCGUCGGGGACCGGCCCAGUUCAAGCAUUUACGUACUGUACCUGGAUCAUUUGACAACCUG